GUGGGGUCCAAAAAAGAGCAUCCGCCGAAGUGGGGAGAAGAUGACCAAGGACACGGCCCAAGUGCAGGUGCCGUCCGACGACCCGAAGAAGAAGCAGAGCCUAGAGCCUGUGCAUGCGCCACAAAAGGAUGGCGUGGACGACAAGGAGCCAGAAGAGUUGUCGGAAGAAGACAAACAGCUCAAGGAAGAUCUCGAGAUGAGCGUCACACGGAUUCUCGACGCCAAUGAACAACCUGGCGUCAAGAAGCUUGCGCUUCAAACGCUCCGCGAACUCAUUCGAACUGCCACGUCGAGUAUGACGUCCGUGCCCAAGCCGCUCAAGUUCUUGCGCCCGCAUUACCAAGCGCUCAAAACGGCGUACACGACACUGCAACAGGCUAACCAGACGGAACUUGCCGACAUCCUUGCGGUGCUUGCGAUGACAAUGGCCCCCGAAGGGUCUCGCGAAAGCUUGCAGUACAAGCUCAAGGGCAACUCGACGGAACUCGGGUUGUGGGGUCAUGAGUUUGUUCGGUCGUUGGCGGGUGAGGUUGGCGAGGAAUACACGGCGCGCGUCACGACGACGGUCGACGCAAAGGUGGACGAUUUGCUCGCGAUCGUCGAUGCCAUCGUACCAUUCCACAUGCAGCACAAUGCUGAACCGGAAGCCAUUGACAUCCUGAUUGAAGUUCAGAAGCUCGAUCGGCUCCUCGCGUCGCCCGAGAUCGAUGAAAAGAACUACCAACGUGUGUGCCUCUACCUUUUGGCUUGUGCCGACUUCAUGAGCGACCCUGACGACCUCCAGACGCUUCUCACCACUGCGUACGCCAUUUACAUCCGCGUCGAGAAGUACCCCGAUGCGCUGCGUGUGGCGCUGCGACUGGAUAGCGAAACACUCGUGGCGGAUGUGUUCUCCAAAACGAACGAUCCUGCCGUCCGCAAGCAACUCGGGUACAUUUUGGGCCGCCAGCGCUUUUGCUACGACGACGAGCACCCGGAACACGCCGUUGUGGACCAGAUUGGCAACGCCGAGCUGAGCGACAAAUUUCUGGCGCUAGCGCGUGACUUGGACGUGUUGGAGCCCAAGACCCCUGAGGACAUUUACAAGUCGCAUCUGUCGGAAACAGGCAGCAUUUCUCGGGGGCGCGACGGUGGCGCUCCCACCGACUCGGCGCGCGCCAACUUGGCGUCGACCUUUGUCAACGCGUUCGUGAACGCGGGGUACGGCACGGACAAGCUGAUGACGGUCGAAGGCAACGGAUGGCUGUACAAGAACAAGGAGCACGGCAUGACAUCUGCGGCAGCAUCCCUUGGCCUACUCAUGCUGUGGAACGUCGAGGAAGGGAUCACGGCAAUCGACAAGUUUUUGUACUCGGGGGAUCCCCACGUUAAGGCGGGCGCCAUUCUCGGCGUUGGCAUCGUGAGUUCCGGCAUCCGCAACGAGUGCGACCCCGCGCUCGCCCUGUUGUCCGAGCAUGUGGACUCGGGCAAUUGCUCGAUCCGGUGUGCGUCGGUGCUUGGUCUUGGGAUCGCGUACGCUGGUUCAUCCCGCGACGACGUUAGCGAAUUGCUCAUCCCUGUGGUGUCGCACGCCGACGAAAACGCCGACAUCCAGGAAGUGAGCUAUGCGGCACUAGCGCUCGGAAUGGUCGAGGUUGGCACUUGCGACGAAGAAGCGGGAAGCGUCCUCAUGCAGCGCCUCAUGGAGAGCACCGACGCUGAAUUGGACUCGUCCUGCGCGCGCUUCCUCUGCCUCGGUCUUGGUCUCCUCUACCUCGGACGCCAAGAACGCGUGGACGCAAUGUUGGAAGCUGCCAAGACGAUCCAGCACCGCAUCUCCAAGUACUUGGAAAUCACGCUCGAAACCUGUGCAUAUGCCGGAACGGGCAACGUGCUCAAAGUCCAACAGUUGCUCCGUGUGUGUGCGACUCACGUUGUGGACGAUCCCAAGGAAGGCGCACAUCAGCUGGCGGCGGUGCUUGGCAUUGCGCUUGUGACGGUCGGCGAGUCCAUCGGGAGUGAAAUGGCCGUCCGCACGUUCGACCAUUUGCUCCAGUACGGCGAAGUCAACGUCCGCCGCGCAGUGCCGUUGGCGCUCGCGCUCCAAAGCGUGUCCAACCCCGAGUAUUCGCUCAUCGAUACACUGUCCCGCCUCACGCACGACGCGGACGCGGGUGUCGCCCAAAGCGCGAUCCUCGCGCUCGGCCUUGUCUCUGCCGGGACCAACAACUCGCGCGUGGCGGGGCUGCUGCGUCAGCUGUCUGAAUUCUACAGCCGCGAGGCCAACCACUUGUUUGUCGUGCGCAUCGCCCAAGGCUUCCUCCACAUGGGCAAGGGCCUGAUUUCGCUGCACCCGUUCCACUCGGACCGGUUGAUUCUGUCGCGCGUGGCGCUGAGCGGUCUCUUGGCCGUCCUCCACGCCGCGCUCGACAUGGAGAAGACCAUCUUUGACAACUCGCACUACUUUUUAUACUGCAUCGUCACGGCCAUGCAGCCUCGCAUGCUCAUCACGGUCGACGAAGAAGGCAAGCCGUUGCCCGUGUCUGUGCGUGUGGGGCAAGCGGUGGAAGUUGUCGGCCAGGCGGGACGGCCCAAGUCGAUCACGGGGUUUCAAACACACAACACCCCCGUGCUGCUCAACGUGAAGGACCGCGCCGAGCUCGCCACGGACGAGUACAUUGCGCUCACGAACGUGUUAGAAGGCAUCGUGAUCUUGCGCAAAAACCCAGACUUUCAGCCCGAUGCGUAAAACGGGUCGAUCGCGUCGUCGCGUUUCAAUAUACCAGCAUGCCGCGAGGAUCUUUAGUCUUUUCGAGUUAAAGAGUCGUUUACCGCC